AUAUCGCGACAACAGCGCUCUCGCGGCCGACUUCACGCAGUUGGUGGCUGUGUCAAAAGUGAGCCGAGUGGAUAUUUCAUCACAAUCAUUUGCGAUUAAAAUAAAGCGGCCGCGUCUCGAAAUCGCUCCUGAAAAGUGCCGUGACAGGAAAUAAAGUGCCCCGAGAGUGCUUUUAGAGUGAAAAAGAGUGGAAUAGUGGUGAAGCAUAAAGUGAAAAAGUCACGUGAAAGUGGAAGAUAAAUCCCUGUGACAGUGCAUUGAAUUCUUCCCCCCGGAAAAGACAUAUUUUCUGAGAUACCGUAAGGAUUUUCCAAAAGUUUAGGAAUAAAUCUACAAAGCAGUGAAGGAAAAGAUAAACGACAAAUCGGAGGAGAAGGAUUGGCAGAGAGGAUCAUAAAAGUGGAUGAUCUGUUGUAAGAUGUGAGAAGUGUUGAUUGAACAAUUUAAUUUGGAAAUAUCAAAGUGAGAAGGGAAAGAGCGACUUUUGGACAGUGAAAGAUGCCGACACUCGUUGUGGAUAGAAUUCCAUUGCCCAGUCUGAGAUUUUACACGAUUCUCAGCAUUCUGUGGGUCAGUGUUUGCUUGUACUACUCAGUGAAGGUGACUAGGGAUCCGGACUGGAAGCUGCACACGAACAAUACGUCUAUUCCGGUCGGGACGCUGCCGAAGAUUCCAGAGGGCGUCGCAGAUGUCGACCGAGGGGAGCAAAUUGAUAUUGAGGGCGUCCUGGAGAGCGCCGUGAAGAUGCCAGAAGAGCCGCCUGAUGGUCUGUUUGAGGAGAAGGCGACGCAGAAGGAUCUGCCUGACAUUGAGCUCGAAGAGAGGAUCGUGAAUGACACAAGAACUCUGGGAGCUCACUUGAGGGAUGUGGUGACCUUCAUGUCGCAGGAGCCGACGUGCAUUUGGACACUGAUAAAUAUGGCCUAUUGCUGCUUGAUUCUGCUUGGCAAAUCUAUCCAAAAGGUGGUUUUUGGUGAAUUGCGAAUAUCGGAGCAACAGCACCUGAAAGACAAGUUCUGGAAUUUCGUCUUCUAUAAAUUCAUCUUUGUCUUCGGCGUGGUGAAUGUACAAUUCCUGAAUGAGGUCGUUCUCUGGGUGUCUUGGUUCUCAAUUCUUGGCUUUCUGCACCUCUUGUCGCAACUGUGCAAGGAUCGCUUCGAAUAUGUGAGUUUUCCUUACUCUCUUGCCACUUUAAUUUCCGCGAUGGAUAAUCAAGCAAUAAAUCAGCUCUCUUUCUCACCCACAACACCGGGUUGGUCACACUUCCGCCUCGUGGCCCUACUCUCAGCCAUUCUCACCCUGUCAGGCCUCAUGUUUAUCAUCAGCAUCGGCGUGGGACUCUUCCAUGGCAUCAACACAUUCGCCUUCAUGGCGUCCGAGUGCGUUCUGUUGUCUAUUCGCACAUUGCACGUGUUGGUGCGUUACGGCCUGUUUCUGUAUGACAUGAGGAACGGCGGUCUGGGCGGAGAGGCCGUGUCAUGGGACAAACGUGGACCUGUAGCGUAUUACAUCGAGCUGGGCUUCGAAGUGGCCGCUCUGCUGGUGGAUUUGCUUCAUCACCUGCACAUGCUGUUCUGGAGCAACAUCUUCCUCUCGAUGGCCAGCUUGGUAAUUGUCAUGCAGCUCCGUUAUCUCAUUCAUGAGAUCCAGCGCAAGAUCAAGAAGCACAGGAAUUACUUGUGGGUGCUGAAUCACAUGGAGAAGAGUUAUCCACUGGCGACGGCCAAGGAUUUGUCUGAGAAUUCGGAUAAUUGUGCCAUUUGCUGGGAGAAGAUGGAGUCAGCGAGAAAGCUGCCCUGCUCUCACUUGUUUCACAAUUCCUGCCUACAAUCGUGGUUGGAACAGGAUACAAGUUGUCCAACAUGUCGUUUAGCGCUUAGUGUCCAGAAUAAUGUGACAUUGCAUCCCAACAUGGACAGAAUUGAUGAGCCAGAAACGGCGGGACGUGCCAACAAUCACUUCUUCCACUUCAAUGGUUCGCGAUAUGUUUCGUGGCUGCCCAACUUUUCGGUGGAGGUGACCAAUAUCAACAACAUGCUGAGGAAUGAGCCACCGACUCACACUCACACCAGUCAGAUUCGCAACAUGGCACUGCAAGUGCAGCAGAUGUUCCCUCGAUAUCCACUUACGGUGAUCAUUGGCGAUCUCACAGUGACGCGCUCCAUUGAAAUCACGAUUGACAAUAUACUGGAGGGGCGAUUGCAAGUGCCGGCGCGCUUCCAGGAACUCGAGGGUGAUGACUUUGGCGAGCCUGGCAGUCGAGCGUCCUCGUCAGACGCUUCUCCAGACAAUUCUGGAGCAUUUGCCGCCAAUUCGGCGAGCGACUACUAUGUCAAUCCGGUGUUUUCGCGCGCCUCCACGAGUUCCAGCUCUUCAGAACCGGGUGGCUACGAAGUGGAGAGGAAAAGCAACAUCUUCGGGAACCAGAGUGAUUUGCUGCGCGACGAUAGUGUGGAGGACGUGCCGCUGGGCGAUAGGUUCUCCAAGAGCAGCGAGGAGAGGGAGAGAAUCCUGCAGAGGCGGAAGGAAAUGUUGGUGGCGCUGGCGAGGAAGAAGUACCUGGACAGGAAUCGAUCGGAGCUGAACCUGCGUCAUCGCACUAAGAGCAAUCUGCAGGAGUGAGUCUCUGGCGCUGUGCAUGGCGCAUUAAAUUAUUACACUGCAAGAUUAUUACAGAAAUUAGCUGUAGGGAUUAUAUUGAAAUAACCAAGACUGCAUCCUGAGAGAGCGAUGAUUGUGUGUGCGUGUGCUCGAAGAACGCAAUGAAGAAGAGCACUGGGGGCUUUUUUGUCCAGAGAAUGGAGGAUUUUAGGAGAUGGGAUUUCACGUCACAGCUUCGCUUCGUGAUUGAUCGAAGAGAGCAGGUGUUUAUUAACAAUUUCCUCGAAACUUAUAUAGAGCAACAUAAACUGCUGAUAUUCUUCCUUUUUGUACACAUUUCAAAGCCAGAACUGAUGAAGAUUAGAAUGAACUGUGAUAUGCAGAUGAGAAGUUUGUAAAGCAGAGUCUUUUCAGUCCGUUUUUGUUCCAAUUCCUCGGCAAAAAUACCCUUCAGUGCUCAUGAGGAGAUGUUUUCUUUCUGUUAAAUAAGCGAGUCAACUGAAUUUAAUUCACACUUACUGCUGUUUUCAGUCUCUUCUGUCGUCCUCGCGAUUCAAGCUAGAAAGUUUUGUAAAUAGAUGUAAAAAAAACUAAAGCCCUGAAAGUCGCUUCGAGAAUGAAUGGCAAAAUACCGUCCGAAAACUCUGAGAAUACUUUCCUCUAAUACUUUUGGCGUGAGAUUGUGAAAUUGAGGAGAGUAGAUUUUGAGUCAGAAGGAAGUGUAAAUGAGUUUAGGAGCUGAUUUAGGAUUAAUUUUAACUGUAUUUGUGAUUACUUGUGCAUAAUUGUUGUAAUUAAAUCAAAUGAUAAUUUAAAA